AUGUGCAACAGCAACUGCCACGAUGGCAAACACGAGCAUACAAACAACUUUGCACGCCACCACAACACAGCGUACCCCAGAUCGUCGCCAAACAGUGAAAGCAAUUUUGGCGUUGGCCAAUGGAACAUGGAUCCCGCAACCUAUGGUAUCGUACCAUAUACAACUCGUUACCAACUGCCGAGCGUCUGUUCCGUCUGGUGCUUUGUCGCCACCGCCAUUCCGUAUGGAACCUUAUCUGGGGACAAUACUACUACCGAGCUGCAUACUGAUCGCCUUAUACAUUUUCUUCGGACGCUCUCGUGGCCUGACUACCAUUCUCCACCAACACACCAUUCGCGCUAUGCUCCCACUCUCAUCGCCUGCACUAUGGGAGGUAUUUGGGCGGCGUACUGGCAACUCAUCUUUGAUGAUAUCCCAUACACUAUGGCAAGCGUCAAACGCAAUAUCACCAAAGGUUUCACUCGUUUCCAUCUAGCCAACGCAUAG